AUGGCAAUGCUAAAUAACAAAGCACUAUGUUUCAUAUGUAAUGAAGACAAAAUAACAUAUAGUUGUAAAGGAUGUUCAGAAGAAUUUUGUUUUACGGACUUAUCAGAACAUCGACAAACAUUAACUAAUGAAUUACAUUAUAUCACCAAUCAAUAUAAUGAAUUUCAACAAACAAUUAAUGAACAAAAACAAAAUCCACAAAAUGAUAUAUUAAUAAAUCAAAUUAAUAAAUGGGAAAAGAAUUCCGUUGAAAUAAUUCAACAAAAAGCACAAGAGUACAGAGAAAUUGUUAUUAAAUCAUCACAAACAUGUAAUAAUGAUAUUGAAAUGAAAUUUAAAGACUUGAAUGAACAAAUCAAACAAAUGCAAAAACAAAAUGAAUUUAAUGAAAUUAAUUUAAAUUAUUUAAAAAAAUAUUUAAUAGACAUUACAGAAGAAUUAAAUAAUCCAUUAAAGAUUUCUAUUAAACAAGAUUCACAAUCAUUUAUUAAUGAAAUUUCAAUUAUUUCAUCAAAAAAACCGAAAUUUAACAAAUGGAAACAAAAUGCCAUCACUGUGGCUGGUGGAAAUGGAGAAGGACAACAAUUAAACCAAUGCAGUUAUCCCUUUGGAAUUUUUAUUGAUAAAAACAAAAAUAUUUUCAUUGCUGAUUGUGAUAAUCAUCGUAUUGUUGAAUGGAAACAUAAUGCAAAAGAAGGACAAAUCAUUGCAGGUGGAAAUGGACAAGGAGAUCGAAUGGAUCAAUUGAAUAUACCAACAGAUGUGAUUGUUGAUCAAGAAAAUCAUUCGAUCAUCAUUGCUGAGCAAGAGAAUAGACGAGUGAUUCAAUGGUUGAAUCAAAAUCAACAAAUUCUCAUACACAAUAUUGACUGUUGUUGCUUGGCAAUAGAUAGAAAUGGAUUUCUUUAUGUUUGUGAUAAUGAAAAGAAUGAAGUGAGACGAUGGAAAAUGGGAGAAUAUAACAACGAAGAAAUUGUAGUGGCAGGUGGAAAUGGACAAGGAAAUAAACUCAAUCAACUGAAUUAUCCUACUUUUAUGUUUGUUGAUGAAGAUCAAUCUGUUUAUGUAUCAGAUCAAAACAAUCAUCGUGUGAUGAAAUGGAGAAAAGAUGCAAAAGAAGGAAGAAUUGUGGCUGGAGGAAAUGGUAAAGGAGAAAAUCUCAAUCAAUUAUCUGAACCUGAAGGAGUAAUUGUUGAUGAUUUGGGUCAAAUCUAUGUGACAGAUUUUGACAAUGAUCGAGUAAUGCGUUGGUGUGAAGGAAAAGAAGAAGGCGAAAUUGUUGUUGGUGGAAAUGGUGAAGGAAAUCAACCAAAUCAAUUGGAUGGUCCCAUUGGUUUAUCUUUUGAUGAUGAAGGAAAUCUUUAUGUUGCUGAUUUGGGAAAUCAUCGAAUUGAAAAAUUUGAAAUAAUUUAG